GGUAAACUGCCAUUCAAGUACAUGACAGUUCGUCCUGCGGCUUGAACGAGUGCGUAAGAAAGCAAGCCACACGCCUGGUCUUACCUAGAUGAUCACCUCUUCUUUGAAUAUAAAGAAAUAACUGUCUAUCUCUUGACAAAAUACCGAAGGCCAUUAAGUAUGAAGUUAAGUUUUUUGCACUGUCUUGUCCUUUCUUUCGAAGUCCUGAGAGUCGCUGGAGGUCCAGGCGCCGGACAAAACACCUGGGAAAGGUUUAACAAACUCCCCUUUCCAGAGGAUGAAGCCUUUCUUUAUAGCACCUUUCCAGAGGGUUUCAUGUGGUCCGUUGGAAGCGCAGCUUAUCAGAGCGAGGGGGCUUUUGAAAAAGACGGCAAAGGUCUGUCCGUGUGGGACACUUUCACCCGGGGUGGCAACAGGAUAGCUACAGGAGACGUGGGCAGUGACAGUUACCACAACAUCCACGGAGACAUUCGUGCCCUCCAAAAACUGGGGGUUUCGCACUACAGAUUUUCGUUUUCCUGGCCACGUAUAUUCCCCAAUGGGACUCGCAGCAGCUUUAAUGAAGCCGGGGUGAGUUACUACAGAAACCUUAUUCAAAGACUGAAGGAAAUAGGAGUUCAGCCAAUUGUUACACUGUACCACUGGGACCUUCCGGAGAGUUUACAACGUACUUACCAAGGAUGGAUCAAUCCGGUUGUAGUGGACUUUUUUAAAGAUUUCGCCGAUUUUUGCUUCAGAGAAUUCGGGGACGAUGUUAAAUAUUGGAUCACUAUAGACAAUCCUUUCGUUGUGGCUUGGCACGGAUAUGGCACCGGUUUGGUUGCUCCUGGCAUGAAAGGUGAUCCAGGGCUGCCUUUCAGAGUGGGUCAUAACCUCCUGAAGGCACAUGCUGCUGUCUGGCACCUUUAUGAUGAGCAGUACAGGCCGAAACAGGGCGGCCAGAUCUCCAUCGCUCUGGCCUCCCACUGGAUAAGACCCAUCAAGACCCGAAGAGAGAGUAUCCAGGCCUGCCAGUGCUCUCUCAACUUUGUCCUGGGCUGGUUCGCCAAGCCCAUCUUCACAGACGGCGACUACCCGCUGUGCAUGAAGAGCAACCUGUCCUCCAGGCUGCCCUCUUUCACCGAAGAAGAGAAGCGCGCCAUAAACGGCACCGCGGAUUUCUUCGCCCUCUCUUUCGGACCCGUUCUGAGCUUCCAUCUGAUUAACGAGAGCCUCAAGUUCGGGCAGACAGAGGAUCUCGACCUGCGCAGGCUGCUCUAUUGGAUAAAGGCUGAGUACGACAACCCCAGGAUCUUCAUCGUGGAGAAUGGCUGGUUUGUUAAUGGCAACACCAAGACGGAGGACCCCAAACACAUGUACUACCUGAAAAGGUUUAUCAUGGAGACCCUAAAAUCAAUAACGUAUGACAACGUUCGAGUGAUGGGCUACACUGCCUGGUCUCUGGUAGAUGGCUUUGAGUGGUCCAGGGAGUAUGGCAUUCGCCGGGGUUUAUUCUAUGUGGAUUUUGACAGCCCAAAUUUGAAAAGAGAGCCCAAGACCUCAGCCUUAUUCUACCAGAAACUGAUUGAGAAAAAUGGCUUCCCUCUGCUGCCGGAGAACAUGCCUGCCACAGGAGUUUUUCCCUGCAACUUUGCCUGGGGUGUAGCUGCCAACUCCAUACAGGUGGAGGUGACCCCCUCUCAGUUCAUUGAUCCUAAUGUUUAUAUCUGGAAUGUAUCAGGGAAUGGGGAGUUGAAGAAGCUAAGCGAGGCCAGGGUGUCAUCCCGUCGCAAAACACACUGUUCAGACUAUGCAGCUAUCCGGUACCAGGUCUCUCAGAUACGCAGGAUGCAUGUCUCUCACUUCCACUUCUUCCUCAACUGGUCAUCCAUCCUCCCCACGGGCAAAGUGUCCGAGGCCAACACAACCCUCCUGGGCUAUUAUAAGUGCUUUGCCGCUGAGCUCCUCCAAGGAAAUGUGACUCCUGUUGUCACUUUGUGGCACCGUACUGCAAAGCACUCUGGGUUGCCUGCCUCAAUGGAUGCCAAGAAAGGGUGGCAGAGCAUGGAGACAGUGCUUGCCUUUGUCAAAUACGCCAGGCUAUGUUUUAAACAUCUAGGGGAUCAUGUUAAGAUGUGGAUCACCCUGAACGAGCCCAACAUGGGAAACCCUGAAUACAUGGUUGGCCAUCAUCUCUUGAAGGCCCAUGCCCUGGCUUGGCACGUGUACGACAAAGAGUUUCGGGAAGCCCAGAAGGGGCAGGUGUCCCUCACUUUGCAUAUGGACUGGGUGGAGCCGGCCUAUUCCUUCUCCCGGGAUGACGUAGAGCCAGCCAUCAGGGUCCUGGAUUUCCGCAUUGGCUGGUUUGCAGAGCCCAUAUUUGGGGACGGGGAUUACCCAGAGGGAAUGAGGAAAUGGCUCCAGCAGCGCAAUACCCUAGACUUGUUCGGCUACCACCUCCCUGUUUUCAGUGAGAAAGACAAGAAGCUUGUGAGAGGGACCUAUGACUUCUUUGCCUUAAGCCAUUUCACCACCACGCUGGUCUUUGAAAGGGUGGAGGAGAAGUUACAUUAUGACGACAAGCUCGAGGUGCACUACUUACUGGACAAUACCUGGGUGAGGUCUCGGGGGAGAGUUCCUGUAGUGCCCUGGGGCCUGCGGAAGGUGUUGAACUGGGUGAAGACCAAGUAUAAAAACGUGCCCAUCUACAUCAUGGCCAACGGAGUGGAUGAGGAUCAGGCCCGGCUGCAAGAUAACCUCCGCAUUUACUACAUCUACAACUACAUCAACGAAGCGCUCAAGGCUCACCUGCUGGACGGGGUGAACCUCCAAGGUUACUUUGCCUACGCCUUCAAUGAUCAAAGUGACCCUGGCUUCGGAUUGUACGGGGUCGUCCACGAUGAGCUCGUCGUGAAAUCGUCCCUCAUGCCGGUGGGGAAGCUGAAGCCUAUACCGGCAAGCAACCUUCGCAAGGCAGGGGGAACGGUCUAG